ACGAUGGCAGAGGGCGAUAAUCGCAGCACCAACCUGCUGGCUGCAGAGACUGCAAGUCUGGAAGAACAGCUGCAAGGAUGGGGAGAAGUGAUGCUGAUGGCCGACAAAGUCCUCGGAUGGGAAAGAGCCUGGUUUCCACCUGCUAUCAUGGGUGUGGUUUCUUUGGUGUUUCUGACGAUCUACUAUCUAGAUCCAUCUGUUCUGUCUGGUGUUUCCUGUUUUGUUAUGUUUUUGUGCUUGGCUGACUACCUUGUUCCCAUUCUGGCACCUAGAAUUUUUGGCUCCAAUAAAUGGACCACUGAGCAACAGCAAAGAUUCCAUGAAAUUUGCAGCAAUCUAGUCAAAACUCGACGCAGAGCUGUGGGCUGGUGGAAACGCCUCUUCACACUAAAAGAAGAAAAGCCUAAAAUGUACUUCAUGACCAUGAUCAUAUCUCUUGCUGCGGUUGCUUGGGUGGGACAGCAAGUUCACAACCUUUUUCUCACCUACCUGAUUGUAACUUUUGCACUGCUGCUUCCCGGACUAAAUCAACAUGGAAUCAUUUCAAAGUACAUUGGAAUGGCCAAGAGAGAGAUAAACAAGCUUCUCAAACAAAAAGAAAAGAAGAAUGAAUAGUGCAUCUGCUUUCUUCAAUGUGAUUGAUGGAGUAUACAUCGUCCCUGGGCACAGUUUCUACUAUGCUGUCUGUAGACUAAAACGUCACACAAGUAGCUCUUUGCUCCUCAUUCAUUCUGCCCUUAGUUAAUACAAAUUCAAGACUUGCCAAGUAAGGCUUUGUGCAUAGUGUUCAUGUCCAGUGUUGCUGGGUGCAUUCCCUUGUUGACCUUAUAUGGACAGCUCAUAAAUGAGUACUAGCUUGUUUUGGUUUUUCUGUCCCACAGUUAAUUCUUACUUUUAGGCAGUUUCCUUU